GAAAGGUUGUAGGAAACUUUCCCCAGCAAUUAAAUUGAAUUACACAGAAAGGGUUUAUAAGCGCGGAAAUCGACUCUGCCACACGAGCAUGCUUUUGCGGCACAGUCGAUAGCGCGCCGGACCUCGAAGGUCGAGAGUUCGAGACCUGCUCCCUGCCUGUUCCAUUACAUUGGUGUCAGAAGUGAUCGGACCUUGCAUCCACGACUGUGCGUGUGCUUGGCCGGUGAGCGCGUUCCUGUAAGACGUAGGGUCGCAAGCUAGCGCGAGGCUCUUUGAAAGGAGGGAGUAGUGUAACGACCCCGGGUUUAUAAGCGCAUGGAUUUGUAGCACAGUCGAUAGCGCGCUGGACCUCGGGCUAGAAGGCCGAGGGUUCGAGACCUGCUCCCUGCUGUUUCAUUACAACAUCCAUGUUUACACUGAAUCCAAAGACAAAGCAUUGACAAUAACGCACCUCUGAUCACCAGUCAUCUCUCCCAGGCCAAGUAUUUGCCGUUUUCUCAAAUUGUCGAAUUUGAUGGUACAAAACAAAUACAAAAGAACAGUUAUUUUUUUCUUUGUAUUAUCUUUUACCAGAUCUAUUGUGUUAUAUUCUACUACAUUCCUUUCACCUUUCCAUACACUUCAAAGUGUUUCCUUUUAGAUGGUAACAAUAAUAUGUAUGUCCUUGCUUCAGGGCCUGAGCUACAGGCAGUUAGAUUUGGGUACGUCAUUUUAGGCGAAAAUUGAAAAAAAGGGGCUAAUCCUUAAGAGGUUUUUUUAAAGAUAUUUUUGUUAUUAACGUGCCAUAUUCGAUGCACUUUUUGUUGUUGUUGAUUCGGCGCAAUUUAGGUUACGCUAUUUGAUUCAGAGAAACGUGCAUGGUGUAAAAAGUGUCUGUCUCAUGACAUUGUCAUAAAUUUGAUCUCUACUCCAGCCUGUAUUCUACAGAAAAGGCCAUAAACUAUUUCUACCUUUUCUAUAGGCUACAUGAUUUAUGUUAGAUUAUGUUUUUGACGGAAUGUUGGUGGAGUGCCGGCAGUGGUUCCUCUCUCCAACAGCACCCUGGAGAGACAAGAAAAAUAUUUAGCUUCCCUGCUUUUGACAAAGUGAGCACUGCUUAUCACAUGGCGGCAUCGGCAUUCAACUGCAUAGCCCAUGUGCCAAAGGAUGAAUGCUCUGGUAGCUCUCUGUCAUUUCUGUGAGCUCCAUGGCCCCCGGACCUUGUUCUGCACCGAGGCUCUGCACCCCCCGUCCCCCACACCCUCCCAGGCUGGCGCCCCCAUACCCGGGGACAGAGAGUCGGACAGAGAGGGAGAGGGACUCACCAUGAGGGCAAACAGCUCAGCUACACAGAGAGGAGACAUGUGUGAGGGCUGCCGGUCUCUCCCAGCGUCUCACCCUGGCUUCGUCAGCGUGGACAGUGAGACAGGCAUCCGGUUCCUCAGCCACCAACAACCCAGACAACCCCAGCUCUUCAGUGUGGUCCGCCAGGCCUGCGUACGCAGCCUCAGCUGUGAGGUAACCUCGUGUGUGAGCGUGUGUCCAGGUCGUGAGGGUCCUAUCUUCUUUGGGGAUGAGCAGCAUGGUUUUGUGUUCUCUCACACGUUCUUCAUCAAGGACAGCCUGGCCCGGGGCUUUCAGCGGUGGUACAGUAUCGUCAUGGUAGCCAUGGACAGGAUCUACCUCAUCAACUCCUGGCCCUUCCUGCUGCGCCACCUCAGACUCACUAUACAGAGUCUACAGAGCACAGCACUGAAGGUGUUUGACAGUGAGCAGUGUGUGUGUCCUCAGAGGGCGGUGAGGAUGAACAGCGUGUUCUCUCCUGCUGUCUUCCCCCACCAGAGGAGUGGUAACGCAGCCCGCUCCCUGCCCUCCCUCACCCAGCACACCAACCUCUGGGCCAGCCUACACUCCUCCUUCAGCUGGUUACUGAAGGCCUGUGGUAGUCGUCUGACAGAGAAGCUGCUGGAGGGAGCUCCCACAGAGGACACACUGCUUCUUAUAGAGAGACAGACCGAGCAAGAGGAGGAAAUGAGUUGCUGGGAAGGAGCAGAAGGGGGCGGGUCUAGACCCCAGUGCCACCAAUCGGAGAGCGAGCUGUACAGAGACUUCUUGUUUGACGAGGGGAAAGCAGAGGGGUAUCCUGGUCCAAAGUUCAGGUCCUUGAGACAUUUAAGACAGGUGCUCGGGACCACUGAUUUCCGCCAGCUAGCAUGGCACGUGCUCAUGGGAAAUCAGGUCAUAUUGAGAGGGGCUGACCCAGGGCUCAUCCAUUCAGCAUUCACCAUGCUGAAGGCCUUGCUACCGGUGGGCUGUGUCCGCUCUGUGACGUACAGCGCCCAGUAUGAGGAAGCAUACCGAUGUAACUUCCUGGGCCUCAGCCCUGACGUGCCCAUCCCCACACACGUCAGCUCCUCAGAGUUCUCAGUGUUGGUGGAUGUGGUCAGUCUGGAGAGGGGUUCUCUGUACUCUGCUGCUUGUGGUGAAGACAUCCUCUCACUCUAUCAGUUCAACAUCAGCAGUACCAACUCACAGCCUACAGAUAAAGGUCCCACGUUGUUGAAUAAGAUCGAGGUGGCGUUGUCCAAUGAGAACCUGUCAGUGGACGUGGUCUCUCACUGUCUGCUGUGUCUGAAGGAGGAGUGGAUGAAUAAAGUGAAGGUGCUGUUUAAGUUCUCCAAGGUAGAUGGGCGUGGGAGGGAGGACACCCAGAAGGUGUUGGCCCUGCUGGGUGCCACGGGGCCUGGGGAGGAGGACAACGUCAGGCUGCUCAAGUUCUGGAUGACAGGACUCAGCAAAACCUACAAGAGCCAUCUGAUGACCGCUGUCAGAGGAGGGCAGAGGCCCCUUAGCCAGUGAGAGAGCAGUGGAGGAGAAUAUGAGCGGUAGCGGGAGAGACCAUAUAGCUGGAGUGAAAUAUACUGUAUCUCAGUAUAGGAGGCUGGUGGGAGGAGGUAUGGGAGGGUGGGCUCAUUGUAAUGGCUGGAAUGGAUUAAAUGGAACGGAGUCAAAUGUGAUUUCCAUAUGUUUGAUGUGUUUGACACUGUUCCAUUUAUACCUUUCCAGCCAUGACAAUGAGCCCGUCCUAUAGCUCCUCCCAGCACCCUCUGCGUGUAUCUACUACUGUAUUUGGACAGACAGAGAGAAAGGGAAAGAAAACAAGUGUGAAAGAGUGAGUAAUGACAGAGACUGACUGAAGGAUAUGUUUGUGUCCAGGUGCUGACUUGAUUAAAACCCAUCCUUCACCAUAAAGAACAAAAAUCCACUCCAUGGGUCGGUUUUAAAUUAAUAAUUAAUUCAGAUACAUAACGUAAUAAGUAAUUCGUAUAUUUUUUUUAGUAAUCAAAUGGGAAUUAUUAUAGGAACACUCUCCACAAUUUUAUGUCUAACUUAUUAUACAAGUUUCAAUAGUUUGUUAACACAUUGUACAGAGAUAUUCAAAUAAAAUAACUGCUUGAGCUGAAACUGAAA